AUGCCUAUUUCUAUUCCAACUCUACCUUCCUCUUACUCUCUUAAAAACGCCCCAACCUACUUCAAUUACAGCAUUAUUACACAUAUAAUUGCCUUUUAUAUUAUCCAACUACUGUAA